GGCGGUGUGGGGUUGUGGGUAGGCCGUGCCGUGGUGAUGCUCGGUUCGCUCCCGGACUGGUAGGGUCGCAUGCUCGCGGUUCUUGAGAGUGUGGCCGGAGUUCCCCGGGCCGGGUGGGGGUGCGGCCGGCGGCACUGGCGGUGUGCUGGGUGAGGAGCCGAAGUGACGGCCCCGCGGCUUGGCGAGAAGGUCGGCAAGGACCGUCCUCGGAGCUUCCUUACGGGGGGUUUAUCAGCAAUGACCCAUAUCAGUUAACACUUAACGAUGAGUAACGGUCAAGUUUGUGAACCUGAGUUACUUGGACUAGUGAGAGAGUAUUUGGAUUUUGCUGAAUUUGAAGAAACAGUGAAAGUAUUUACAAAUGAAUGUCAAACAAAAGGGAAGACACUACCUAAACCAGCAGGUGUUUUCUCAAGAGAUUCAAAAGCUUUGGCUGUUCAGAAAGAUCUGCUUACAGCAUUUGAAAAUGGUGAACAGAAAGUUUUCUUCCAGCUCUGGGAGGAGCAUAUUUCAUCUUCAGUACUGGAUGAUGAAUCGGUUGCUCAGAAGCUGGAGUUUUAUCUUCACAUACACUUUGCCACCUACCUCUUGAAACACAAUAUUGGAAAGCCUGACAAAGCUGAACUUGAGGAAAGGAUUUCUCAUUUUAAGGGAUACCUGGAAACAAAAGGAGCUGCACUGAGCCAGACUACAGAGUUUCUUCCCUUCUAUGCUUUACCUUUUGUUCCAAACCCCAUGGUACAUCCUUCAUUUAAAGAACUUUUCCAGGAUUCUUGGACAUCAGAUUUAAGGACAAGACUGGAAAAGUUCCUGUGUCUGACCCUCAAAGACACUCCUCGGCUACUCACUUUAUUUAAGGAGAAUGGACUCAGCAAAGAAAGGUUGCAACAUCUUCAACAACAGUUAGUGGAAUCUGAGGGCAGAGCCACGACCUACCUGAAACAGUUUAGCAAAAUGCAGGCAGACUACCGUAACCUUAUUGGAGUCACUGCAGAGCUGGUGGAUUCCUUAGAAGCCACAGUCAGUGGCAAGAUGAUCACACCAGGGUAUCUUCAAAGUGUUUGUGUUCGCUUGUUUAACAAUCAGAUGAGACAAAAGGUAGCACAUAGUAUUGACUUCACAAGGCCUGGAACUGGAUAUUACUCUAUGAGCCCUUGUGAUGACGGAUAUGCUUCCACUAUGUUAAGAGCAUCUAUAGCCCCUGUGAAGAUGCAGGAUGUGCCUUUGUUGCCCUCUUUGGAUUAUGAGAAAGUGAAGAGAGAUUUGAUUACAGGGAAUGAUCGUCUCAAGGCCUUCUUACUGCAGGCUCUGCGCUGGCGCCUGACAAAAUCAUAUCCUGGAGAACAGAGGGACACUGUCUUGCACGCCUACAUCAGUAAUGACCUCCUAGAUUGCCACAACAACUGUCAGAGAAGUGUCCUCAAAUUAUUACAAUCUACAAGUGUGGUAGUCAGGCAGUAUAUGGCAAGGCUCAUCAAUGCUUUUGCUUCACUGUCAGAAGGUCGUGUCUACCUUUCUCAGAACCCAACGUUGCUGCAAAUGCUGGAGGAGAGACUGAAAGCUGAAGACAAGGACUCCCUUACAUGGGAGAAUGUUCUUGGGGCUCUGCAGAAAUUCAGCCUCAGGCGUGCACUGCAGUCAGCAAUGAUCAAAGAUGGGCUAAUUUUCUGGCUGGUUGAUGUUCUCACGGAUACAGAUUGCCUGUCUGAUUACACCCUGGCGUAUUCUGUUGCCUUGCUCAUGAAUCUUUGUCUGCGGAGUGCAGGUGUCUUACAUUUUGAAUUACAAGAUAAUUCCAAGAAGUGGAAAGGGAAGAAUAUGUGUGCAGGGAUUGCAAACCACGUGCUCAGAGUUCUCUCUGAUCUUCUUGGCCACGAGAAUCAUGAGAUACAACCAUAUGUGAAUGGAGCACUCUAUAGCAUUCUUGCCAUCCCUUCUGUCCGAGAAGAAGCCAGAGCAAUGGGAAUGGAAGAAAUUCUGCGCUGCUUUAUCAAGGAAGGAAAUGCAGAGAUGAUCCGUCAGACUGAAUUUAUUAUCAAGCAGCUCAAUUCAGAAGAGCCAUUAAAUGAUGGUAUUGUGUCUGAUGAUGAAGAGGAAGAGAACAAUAAGGAACAGGAGGACCAUGACAUCAUGGAGGCUGAUCUGGACAAAGAUGAGGUUUUGCAGCCUCAACUGGGAGAGCUUACAGGAGAGAAGCUGCUAACAACUGAGUACUUGGGAAUAAUGACUCAUACUCCAAAAACCAAGAAGAAGCUGUUUCCUGGUGUCCAUCAAAGUAUAGAUGAGCCUCUCCAGAGACCUGUGACGCCUGGUUAUCACAGAACUGUGUACCCGCUGCCAGAAAAUUAUACCAGUUCUUAUCAUGAUAGGGAUGAGAAGCUGCAAUCCCUGCCAAGUGAUCAUUCUUCCACUUGUGGGAGCACAUCCAGCAUUUCUGACCUCUGCGUUUCCCCUUCAUCAGUUGAAAUUAAGUCACCUAGAGAAUUUUCUUCAGGCCAUAGAGUGGACCGAAGCACCUCAGCUAGUGACAAUAUCUUGUCUUCCCGAUCUACUGACUUCACCCAGGAUGAAGUAAAUGGGCAAUCACAUAGUGAGUUUCCCUCAGCCUUGACCAGCAAACCUAAGAUCCCUUGCACUCCCGAAGUGCAGAGUGCCAGCCCUAGAAAGGGAAAGGUCCCAGCCAUUGCUCCCCAGUUCUCUCAGUCUGGACCCCAACACACAAGCCGUCCCAGCUCCUCAGGAUCAUCCACAAAGAGCAGACAGAGCAGCCAGUCCUACAGGAAGUGAGAACAGUUCCUUUCCUCAAGAAUCACCUGUCACGUUGUUGAGGGACAGAGCCAGCUUCCUGUAAUGAGCUUUACUGGCGACCUACUGAGAAGAAAGUAAGGUUAUUGACAUUGUGUGGCAUAUGCCUUGCACAGUGAUUCAGUGAUUAUCUGAUGGGAUGCAUCUGUUGUCAUCUCUAAACCUGGCUAAGACACUAGCCUUGUUAUUAAAAUUCGAUGUCUCGGCAGCAGCCUAGGACUGAUAUGGAAGAUGCAUAUAGUCCUCAUGUCUCCGAUAGUUUACUCUAAAGUGACAUUGCCACCUUGAGAAGAAACUCUUGCUCUCUGCCUUCUCUGUCAGAGUAGAUGGCCUUUGGAGACAGUAUGUAAUGCUCAGCAGAGGAGACUGACCAAGCAACUGUCUUUUUUACACUUCUCACUGAACUUCUUAUGUCUUUGUGAAUUAGUUGGGAGAUACCUGUGUUCAAAGGAUCUGAACUAGGAGGGAAAAUGUAUGCCAUGUGUGCAGAACCUCACUGCCUGGAGUAGUCUUGUGUGGAGCGAGUUCUGUGUUUGGCUACCAGAGACUGGAAAGUAUUUCAUCAACUUCUGAUUGAUCUGUGGCAGUUGACAAAAACUGUGUCAGUGGCCAAGGCAGCAUCCAUGCGCACCACCAUGAUCAGCAGCUUUAUCUGCAGCAAUCACUCCUAGUAUUUCUUCCUGUUUUUUUUUCUUAAUUCUACUGUUAAACUUUUGUGUAAUGAAUAAUUGUUUGUUGGUUUUUUUUUCCCCACUGGAAUGAAGAACUUUGUUUCUUCAUUCAAAGAAACCGUGAGAAUGUGAAUGCAUCAGAAAUAACUUUCUCUUUACACAUGGCUAUGGACAAUCUUCUUUGGUCUUUGCUGCCUUUUUUAUGUUCUUCACUUCUGAGUGAUAACUGGUUAUGACUUCAUGGAAUCUGUGCUAGUCUUCAGUGAAUAUGAAGUGCUGAAUAGACAAGAGAGAUCAGAAAGCCCUCCACUAAAUAAAAAAAAAAAAGAGUAGUUAGUUCCACCAGUGAAUUACAAAGCUAGUGCUGUUUGUUAUUCUUUCUCUCAAAAGUAACAGUGACCAAGAAACACUGAAUUCUUCA